ACGGGCGCGCCUCCAGCGACCGCCGUUCUGCGCAUGCGCGGCAUCGAGUCAGUCUCAUAUUUCCCCUCACCGGCUCGUCCUCGCUUGCAGUUUGUGUCCUGCAGCUUUCGAAGGUAUACCGCUGUAGAUUCGCGCUCGACAACCAUGGCAGUCGAACUCCAGACUCCGGAUAAGUUGGAAUACAACUUCUACCCAGUUACUUCUGGUUCAACACAGUUCAAGGUGAAAACUCCAAAUGACGCACACAUUGCCUUGACAACAGGACCAGCAGAAAGUGAUCCUAUGUAUGAGAUCUUCAUUGGAGGAUGGGGAAACACCAAGUCAAUCAUUCGUAAGAACAGGCAAAAGCCGGAUAAGGUAGAAGUUGAAACACCAGGAAUUCUCAGUGGUGACGAAUUCAGAGGCUUUUGGAUUCGCUGGUCAGCUGGAUCAAUUGCUUGUGGAAAGGAAGGUGAAGCCCACCCAUUUAUGUCAUGGGAUGAUCCAGAACCUUUUGGUAUUGGUUAUUAUGGAGUUUGUACUGGAUGGGGUGCAAGUGGUUCAUGGCUUCUAGAAGAUGGCUCGAAGGUAGAUACACCUGACCGCCUGGAGUACAGAUUCUUGGCGGUUUGUAAGGGUGCAUUGGAGAUAGAAGUUAAAGCUCCUUCAAAUGCCCAUGUUGCACUCACCACUGGACCUCGUGAGGCAGAUCCAAUGUAUGAAUUAAUUCUGGGAGGCUGGAACAACAAAGAAUCUGCUAUCCGUCACAACCGCACUAAGCCAGAUAAGGUUCAUCUAGAGACUCCUGGACUGCUGCACGAUGGUGAAUUUCGCCGGCUGACUAUACAGUGGGACAAAGGUGUAAUCCAGGCUAAGAAGGACGGCAUCGUGCUGAUAGAAUGGCGUGAUCCAGCGCCAUUUGGUAUCUCGCACUAUGGUGUGCGAACAGCGUGGGGGGCAACUGGUCACUGGAAAGUGCGCAACUCAAUUCCAGGGUCAACGGGACCCCAGCAUAUAGUUGCACCUCGUGCAGCUCCUCAACCUGGUUGGAGUCUUCCAUCUGCUCCAAGUGGUGGUGCUGCAACUUGGGUACCUGCUAGGGCAGGUGAAGUGCCACCAGGUGCUGUUCCCGGUGGAUAUGACAAUGAGCAGUUGUAUGUUGGUCGUGCUCGUCAUGAGGGUGCACUGAUUCCUGGAAAAGUACAUCCAUCUCAUGGAGUCUGCUACGUUGCCUGGGGUGGUCAAGAACAUGGCAAAGAGGAAUACGAAGUACUGUGUGGGUGUGAGGCUGCAUGGGUGCCAGCUGCCCAGGGCCAAGUUCCUGCGGGUGCCUUGCCUUCUGGAGAAACUGAAGAUGGUGAGCCACUCUUUACGGGGAGAGCACAACAUGAAGGAGCUAUGUGUGUUGGAAAGGUCCAAGGAAGUCAUACAGUCUGUUACAUUCCGUAUGGAGGUCAGGAGAUAGCAUACCCAGAAUAUGAAGUUCUCGUUGCCAAGUGAAAGACUUCCUUUUGACAGCAUCUUUAUAGUGCCACAGUUGUGCCUUUUGCCAUAGGCUGCAUUUAAAAUGUUAAAUGGAAUACUAUAAUGCUUAAAACAUGUGUAUUGACAUAAAUUUGUGCUUCUACAGCACACUGCAGAUAUUAUUAUUUAAAUUAUGACUGGUUAAAAUGUAUGCUAAAUAAAGGCAUUAUGCUGUCAAGAUUGAUUGAAAUUAAUUAUAAAUAUUUGUUGUCCAAUUCUUUUUAUAUUAGGGUAGUUUGAUAGAGAAAAGCUAUAAGUUAUAUUUCAGAAAUGAUGACCUAUUGUCUGCUUCAAAACAGAAACCUGAAUUUUUAGAUUGUCUAUGUAGUAAAGGAACCACAGAUGUAACCUUAAUUCUAUUUUCUUAAAGUAACAAUGUGCUGUACAUAGCAAACAUACGCAUUACAGUUGUCAAAUUGGUUAUUGGACUCUUAAACAGCUGUUCACUUGAUGUCAAGGACGCUAACAAAUUGUGCUAAUGAAUUGCUUCUAUUUUGAUAGAUCCUUCUACAUUUGUAUUACAAUGAGCACAAUAGCAAUAAUUAUGUUUAGCAAAGAUCUGGAGAAAGUGGAGCUAUCAUUGUGUAAGCUAUAUAGUUCAAUAAAAUUGUACUAUAUUUAAA